ACGUGAAAGCAGCACCACUGCUUUACCUAGCAGCAGUAGAGAAGUACCGUCUAGAAAAAGUUUAGCCUGGGCAGAAAAAAGUUCAUAUUUAAGUUCUGUAGCUGUGCUCGUCCAGUCGUCCGGUCCGGACCACGUUGGAGGAGUGUGGGAGCUCAGCGCUGUUUUUAGCGGGGCUCGUUUCAACGUAGGUUAAAGAAUUCCAGCUCCAGUGAGUGAGAGUGUGAGUCAAUGGAGCAGAUUGCAUGGAUACAGAUGAGGCACGAUGCUAACGUGGCUAACUAGCUGCUAAGGACAUGGUGAGCAUCAGCAUCGUCCUCUGCCUCCUCUGAAGACCAGAUACAGGCCGAUCUACAUGGAGGGCAACGGAGAGAUCAGUGACACUGACAGUGGCAUCAUCCUUCACUCAGGCUCUGACAGCCCAACAACGCAUACGAAGGAUGUGACAACACACACCAGGGCCAUGAAAAUCAAACACCAGGAUCUCCAAGACCGGCUAGAGCUCUGUAUACUGGAGCUAAAGAAACUCUGUAUCCGAGAAGCCGAGUUGACGGGACAACUUUCAAAUGAUUACCCUCUGCUGCCAGGAGAGAAGCCUCCGCAGGUUCGCAGACGCAUUGGAGCAGCUUUUAAACUGGACGCACACAACUUCCCUCAAGGAAAAGAGUCCCACACUUUAGUGGAGGCUGAGUUGGCACUUCAGAUGAAGAUAUAUGAGGCAGCUCGGAAGCUCUGCGAGGAAGUCCACCUGAGUAAGCCUGUUAAAAGGAGUCGUUUACAGCAGUGCAAGAGAGAGGAGAACAAACUCAAACAGCUUCAGGAGAAGGCCUUUCAGCUGCGACUGGAGCAUGGCCGAUCCUCACCACUCCCAGCUUUUAAUAUUACACAACCAGAUCUUGGUGCAUCUGAUGACAGUUCUUUGUCUGAUUCUGCUGUGCAAGAUGAAGAACUGACAAGCCAGUCAUCACAGCCAUCCUCAGGACCCCUCUAUUCAGGAGAACCAGAUCCUCCCCAGCACCACCCUGUGCUGUCACAGUCGUCUGUAGAUGGCUCGUACUUGUCUCCAUCUGUGGUGCCACAGCCACGGCCACUCACCCCUAGUCAAUCCCCUCAUCCAAAACUUGACUCCUGUUUAAGUUUAACCUCAAGCCCGCUAUACGACCCUCCUCCGAUCCAACACUCCCCCUGGACAGAGUCUAGUCUCGACCAACCAUACGAGAAGAACAAGAAAUCGCGAUCUUCCAGCAAGACAAGCAGUCCAGCCAAAAGUGAAUUAUUGCCACCGUUGGAGACCUGUGUAACACAAGUUUCUCUUCCGGUGCAACUGUCUCACCUGAAGCUGAGCCGCACCCAGUCCAGCAGCAUGCCCUCCACACCAGAAAUGCGUGUGCACAGACAGCUGUCCCUCAGGUUGUCCAACCCUGAUUCUGGAUUUGAAAAGGAACGUGGUCGCACCAGAGGACCGAGGAGACGAUUAACUGAAUAUGGAAUAACUUUACCGGAGACUCCUUCCCCUGCAGUCAGCUAUGGAAGCCAUGCUAGCUCUGAGGAUAGCAACUCUGAACACUCGUUUACUUCUUAUAACAGCUCCCCUUGUCAGGAGUUGCCCUAUGAUUUUCCCAAAAAGUAUUAUUCUUCAGUUCCACUCUCUACUCCAGUUGGCAGCUAUGCGCCUCAGGCCCAUUUACGCACUGACAUGUUAAGUCCCAGGUACCAUUACAGCCCAACUAUUCAAAGAGCCUACUGCAAUGAAGACAUGGUCUACCCACCUGAUCUGGACAUGGCCCACAGCUGUUACACCCAGCAGGCUCCUUGUCCUUCCAACAGAUAUGACUAUUGUUACAACUCUACUGUGUCCCAUCAGAGAAGACAGAGGCCUUUCCCGCCUGAUAUCAGACUGUCCCCAUCUCCAGCUCAUCAGGACUAUCCACUCUACCACCAAUCCAGUGAUCUCUCAAAACAUGCAGUGAAUGAACAGCUCAAGUCCUGGCACAGGCGCAGUCAGCUGAAAUCACCCAGGUCCCAUUCUUUGGACAGACAGGGAGCAGUGAGGGUGAAAAACAUGUCUUUUCGUGAACCACCAACCUACCAAUCACAAAUGUACAAAGACCAGAUCAUCCAAAGAAGGGGUCUCCAGAGAGCUGCAGAUGACACUCAAGGCCACUGGGCUGCAGAUGAUGGCUCUCACUUCGCAAGUCAAGUGUGAAGAGAUGAAACUCAGAAACCAAACUGAAAAUUCUCACCCAAAAGCUGCAGCUGGACUAUUUACGUACAAACCAAAGUCCUGAAAAGUGUUCUUUGAGGCAAGAUAAAUGUAAAUCAGUCAGAUUAGUAUUUAGUUAAGUCUCAUUACAGGCUUACACUGCACUCGAUCUGACUGUUUAGAUCCAAAUACUUAUGAAUUGACAUUAUAUCCCCCCUUUCUAAAAGAAUAUAGACUGUACUGUUACCCACACUGUUAAACAAUGUUAAUGAACGUGCUGCUUAAGGGUUUUUUUUCUUUUCAUUUUUUACUUGUCGUAUUUGUAUGUCUGUGGCUGUGCCAGUUAAUUUGAAUUACUGACUUAACUAGAAAUUAGAUGUUAACAAACUGAAAUGAAAUAUAUUACUAAGUCGAAAGCAGAGCCUUGAUUUUUGGCAGCUUUACAGUUUCAAAUUCAAGUUUUUGGCACCAAUACAAAUUUAACUGUAAAGUGAUUGGUAGUGAACUGUAAUUAAAACACUGCGUAUGUAACACACAAGCACCUGAACUAGUUUGAAAGGUAGAUAAUUCUAGAAUAAACUUUAAUCUCUACUAAAUUAGGUGCAGGUAAACACUUACUGGUUUCUCAGCAUCUAUUUAUGCGAUAAUUUAUUGUAGUUUGCACCAUUAGUUUCAUGAAAACUCUUAAAAUAAAAACAAAAAAAGCUGUUCACAAACUCCAGCAGCAGUUAGGGCUGUCUAGUCAUGUGAAAAAAGACCACAAUCAUGUUGCCUUGUGUGCCUCCUUUGUACUGCCUUUUUAUUUAACUGUUAUAGUCUACCUAAAAAUGUUGCUGUUAUUUUGUGAAAAUGUUUUUUCCUGUGGAAGUAAAUAAAGAAAGUUUGCAUAUUG